AUGAGCAUCUGUGUGCUGUGUCAGAAGGACAUCUUGGUGGCCGGUCCUCCAAACAGAAAAUGUGAGGGUGGCUGCAGUGCAACAGCAUUGCCCCCCAAAAUACACCACCCACACACUCAGGACUCACGACUCAGAAAGACUCCAGAGAACCACAGAAAUGCACAGGUGUCUGACACGUCUGAACGUCUCAUCCAGCUGCAGCGCUGUAUGCUGCAGCAUGAAUCAGUGGUCGUGAGUCAGGUCGAUGGGUCUAACACACUGGUAGCCUUUUUGGCUCUCAUGGCAGCAGUGCUGACAGAAUGUGAACUCCACUGUCAUAGUCAGAGACUCAGAGAGAUGGCCAACAGGCUAGAAAGUGCGGUAGGCAGAAAUGGUGAGAAAGACUUGCUGCUGUUGCUGAAGAGUUUCACACAUGCUACACCAAAUGGCUCCAAACCAAGGACUCCUACAGUGCCUCCCACCACAGGGCUUUACCCUCAAGACUGUCAUGAGAUCUACCAAUUAGGAAUCAAAGAGAACGGAAUCUACACCAUACAGCCAGAUCCAAUGCGGCCAGCACUAGAGGCUGUGUGUGACAUGGUUUCGGCUGGUGGGGGAUGGACGGUGUUUCAACGCAGGUUUGAUGGACAGAUUGAUUUUAACCGAACCUGGCAAGCAUACCGUGAUGGAUUCGGAUCCCCACAGACAGAGCACUGGUUAGGAAAUGCAGUUCUGUAUGCCCUGACUGCAAACGGGCAUUACACACUCCGCAUCAGUCUCCAAGACUGGCACGAACAGACACGUCAUGCUAACUAUAACACCUUUAAAGUGGCAGGAGAAAACCAAAGGUUUCGGCUAACUGCUCGAGAUUACCAUGGUGAUGCUGGCAAUGCACUCAGCUAUAGUAAACAAUAUAAUCAUAACGGCAGAGCUUUCAGUACAUACGACCGGGAUCAUGAUCGCUAUGCUGCUGGUAACUGUGCCCGUUAUUAUGGUGCAGGCUGGUGGUUUGACUCCUGUUUGGCUGCUAACCUCAAUGGCCGCUUCUACCAUGGGCGUUACAGUGGCAUCACAGAUGGCAUCUACUGGGGCACCUGGUAUAUCCUGACUGACUAUCGCACAGAGGAAAGAUACUCAUUCAAAAGUGUUGAAAUGAAAACAAGACCAAGUAGGAGCUAAGACAGACAAAUAAUUGAGAUUUUGACAUGUAAUCCAUUUACUGUAUAUUUCAUUUACAAUGUUUUAGUAAAUUAUAAUAUUAUAUGGAACUUUCAUUAUAUUGAACGUGAGAUGAAUAAUUCUUUGAAAAUACAUUUGAAAUGUCAAAGUUUAAGCAGUGUGAAAUCUUUGCCUCUGUCACUGUGUAAAUUCUCAAUUAUUUCAGUUAUAUUUGUUUUAUGAAAUGCAAACAAACUAUCACAUGCUAUUCAUACUGCAAAAGCAUGGAUUUAUUUUAAUUCCAAAUAAAACAUGGUCUUUAUUUAAAUUUA